AUUGUGACACGCAGAACCAGUUCAGUAUAAUUCCUCUAACAAGUUUGAACAGGACUCUCUCCAGCUGCUGCUGCUGCUGCUGAUGAUGAUGAAGAUGAUGACGGAGUCGAGCCGCACGCUCCUGCGGGGCUGACCCUGAGUUCCGCCUCUACGCGUGGGCGUCAGUGUGAAUGUGUGAGCGUGCGUUUCUGUGUCUUGACAUGUGUCCUGUUUACUCCACCUCCGCCGCCUUGAGCUGAAAGUCAGUUGUGCCGCGACGCGCCGAGGGAGCAGACGAGAGAGGCGGACUGAGGAGAACAACCACCACCACCACCACCACAGAGACAGAGACAGAGACAACAGCCGAAGAUGGCAGAGAACAAGUCGGGCCAGAACCUCCAGGCUGGAGCCGGAAUCUUCGCGAAACGGGUCCAGAAGUCUCUGAAUCGGGCCCAGGAGAAGGUCCUCCAGAGACUCGGUAAAACCAUGGAGACCAAGGAUGAACAGUUCGAGCUCUGUUUCCAGAACCUCAACAAGCAACAGAUCGACGGAAGCAGGUUGUACAAAGACGUCAAAGCCUACCACACAGCAGUGAAAGCCGUGCACGAGACGUCCAAGCGGCUGUCCCAGACGCUGCGAGACAUCUACGAGUCGGAUUGGAACGGAGUGCAGGACCUCGCUGUCAUCACCGAAAGUGAAGACCUGCUGUGGAACGACUUUGAAGAGAAACUAAACGACCAGAUUGUCCGCACCAUGGAGAACUACACAAGCCAGUUCCCUGAGGUCAAGGAACGAGUGGCUAAACGUGGCCGCAAACUGGUGGACUACGAUUCAUCACGCCAUCACCUGGAGGCGCUGCAGAGCGCCAAGAAAAAGGACGAAGCCAAAAUAGCCAAGGCAGAAGAGGAGUUCAACAAAGCCCAAAAUGUCUUUGAAGAAAUAAAUAAAGAGCUGCGGGAGGAGCUGCCUGUUCUCCAUCAGAGUCGGAUCGGUUGCUAUGUGACGGUUUUCCAAAACAUAUCAAACCUGAGAGACGUCUUCUAUAAGGAAAUGAGCGUGCUGAACCGUGAGCUCUACAACGUGAUGAAGAAGUUAGAGACUCAGCACUCGGGCAAAGCUUUCAUCAUCAAGGGCCUCAGCAGCUCAGCCAGCAAGUCAAAGAAGAGAAAGUCCCUGGUAAUCUCCAACCCCAUCCCCUGUAACACCGCUUUCCCAUCCGACCACGUCUCCUUGCAUUCCUCCACCCAAAACGGCCAAGACGCCGGGUCCUCCUCCCCCGUCCAGCGAACUCCGAGCAUCUCCGAGGAGAGCAACCCCCCGGACAAGAGCAGCGUGGCGUCCAAAGACGUCAGCUCGUCCGACUCCGACCUCAGCUCCAGCGGCACCAACACGCCCCACAGGCAGUCGGUGUGCGACAACGAGAACAGCGACAGCAGGAGCGCAGCCGGUCAGAGUCUGGAGGAGGCGGAGGCGGAGCACGCCGCCACCCAGUCCGAUGACUCCGGGGUGGGCGUGCCCAAGUCGGAGGCCGCGAAUCCGGACGCGACCAAUCCAUCGGAUUCUGCAGACAGCGACGCCACGCAAAGUCCCGACCAGGACGCCGUGAGCGAGCCACCGGCAGACGAGGCGAAGACCAAACCCCCGCCGGUCCCAGCCCCUCGUCAGUCCUUCCAGUCCACAGACAACCGCCCUCUGUUAUCGGCCGAGGGGCAGGACGAGGCGGAGGAAGAAACCGACGCCCAGGAGGCCACAGCUGAGUCCGGAGAGGACCCCAGUUCCCACAAUCCACCAGGCUUCCUUUACAAGGGGGUGGCGACAGAGAGCCACGCAGCCACAGAGGACGGCCAGCUCCACUUCGAGCAGGGAGACGUCAUCCUGGUGCUCGACGCAAGUCUUGAGGAAGGCCUAGUGAGGGGGAUAAGGGAGGAGAGCUGGAACCAGCACCACGAUCUAGAAAAUCACUCUGGGGUCUUCUCAGAAAAGCUCAUUCAGCCCGUUGAGGCAGAGUGAGUCUCUAAUGCGUGUUUUUUUUUUUGUUUUGUUUCGUUUUUUUUUUUUUUUUUUCUUUCCCCUCAUCUAUCAAGCAGUUUUGGUGACUCACACACAGGGAGUGAACCCAUAUGUUUUGGGUGCAGAAGCUGUACAAACAGAUGAGCACAAGGUCCCACGUGGUUUUUGUGCUUGCUGCGAUGUUGCAACUCAUGGAACAAAAGCUAACGCGCCUGAGAACAUUUUGUAAGGGAUGAAGAGAUGCUUGGAAAUCUUACAGUAUUUUGCCUUUUUUUUGUGUUUUUCAAUUCUUUUUUUUUUUUGAGACACUGUGAACAAAAUCUUUUAAGCUGAUGUUAUAAUCACGUUUUAAAUUUCCUAAUAAAGUUCUAAAUAAAAGAGA